AUGUCAAGCAGAAAAGCUAUAAAAACAUUACCGGAUGAUGAACAAUUUAAUAUAGGCUUUGUUCAGAAUGUUGAGAAGUACCCGUGUCUUUAUGAUCAUACUUUAAAGGCGUACAGCAAUAGAAGUGAACAAGAUAAGGCUUGGAGCCAAGUUGCUGGGACAUAUUUUUUUUACAUGGUUGAUAAACAAAAUGAACAUAUGUUUCUUGUCAUCGGCGCCGUAACAAAACCUAGUUUGAAAAAUACUAAUACAUUUCUAGGACUUAUGCAUCCAAUAAAUACAUUAAGUUUUGAAAAAUUGCAAGCUAUGGAUCCAGACUCAGAUGCCGAGGAUGAUAUCAAAAUGAAUACUUCUUUACCAAGCAGUAGCCGAGGAAAAAGAUCGUAUGCCAGUGAAUUAGAUUACGAUAGCGAUGACUCAAUAGGGGACCCAGAUUUUCACUCUACACCAAAGAAAGUAACCAGAGCACUAUAUUCCUCAUCUGAUGAAGAAGAUGAUAAUGAGCCCCUCGCAAAUCUUCUUCGUCCAAAACCACGUUUAUCCAAUAAACAAACAAAAAACAACGAGUUUGAAUGGAGCCGAAAACCAUAUUUUCGAGGCAGUCAACUUUGA